AUGAGCAGUCACAACGAAAGGUCCGGCGACAGGUCACAUAUCUUUCAAAUACGCAUCGAUAGCGUCGAUGAUGAAAGCACUGCCCCCAUAACGGAGGCCAGCUCACGAGAGGAUCUCAUUGGCAGUGCUGCCCGCGAGGGUGAGAGAACCAGCGACCAGUCGUCGGUUUUUCAAUUUCCCAGAUUCCUUUCGGUGCCAACUCUGCGAAGUCCACGCCAAUCCCCAGAUCCCUCCACCCGGAGGGAGGUAAUGUCCAGUCCGGCCAAAAGCGAGCGCAUGAUACGCCGGACACAGACGAAACAGCGGCCCAGAAGACUUAGUCAGGACAGUGGCAUUGUGGCGGGAAGAUUGAUAAGUUACGGGGAAAGUGCCCUAAUUGACUCUGAUCUGCACUCGCGGGUAAUCGAAACGGAUCACAAAAAAGCAGAAAGUAUUUACUGCAGUCAGGAAGUGAAUAAUGUCCCAGCGGUGAGCCUUAAGCCCUCAACUCCCAUCCUGCCCAAAUCCAAGCUGAGUUCGACUCGCGCAAGGGCAGGCUCGGCGGCUUAUACGGAAAAGUGGCUAAACUCCUCGGUGAUGCGUACCAGUAAUGGCAGUUCACUGUACAGCAAAUCCAAUCCCAUUGCCGUGCCUUUGCCCACGCAUCUGGAAUCAGAGUCAGCGGAGCCAAGUCCAACGCAGGCCUUUGGUCCCAAGAUUGUGGGUAGCCAUGAGGAGGAUAUACCUGGCACAGCAAUGCGUCGUAAUUUGGGCCUGAAUUUAAGUCCCACUCUGGGCUCUGGAGACAGAGUGAACCAGUCUUAUGAGGUGAUGGAGUCAUCGCACUCCAACGUCUUACCUGACCAGUUUGGCUACCGUCAACUGAUGCCCACGGAACGGAAGGCCUCAGAUUCCACGAGCAGUGUGAGUGGCAGCUACUAUGGCAGCCGAAAGGCCAGCAAGAGCAACAGUCUCGGCGGAGAGUCUGGAGACGAGAGAAGGGUCAGCAAACAGGAUCGAGAGGGACUGGACCCAGAGUCACUAAUGUUUCGAGAUGGUCGAAGGAAAGUGGACAUGGUGCUGGCCUGGGAGGAGGAGGACCUGGGUGUGAUGACCGAGGCGGAGGCCAAGCGUCGUGAUAAUCGUCGUAGCUUCAUGGAGAACCUUAUAAAGGAGGGACUGGAAGUAGAACUGGAGGACAAGUCGCAGUCGUUCAACGAGAAGACCUUUUUCUUGAAAAUACAUCUUCCCUGGCGGCUGGAGACGCGACUGGCGGAGGUGAUGAAUCUGAAGCUGCCAGUUAAAAGAUUUAUUACCAUAUCCGUGAAGCCAUCUUGGGACGAGGAAAAUGUGGUGCUGAGGAAUGUGCAGUAUUGGAAGGAUGUGUGGCAGCGUUUGACCAAAAAGAUUCAACUAGACCAAACCCUUCUCGAGGGUGAGACCACCUUCAAGGCGGCCACAGCUAAUGGCAAUCCGGAGGAGCAGUUCAUAGUGAAAGACCGCGCCACUGCUUUCACCAGCGCCCAGCGAUCUCUGAUGGUGAUGCAGGUGCUCAUUCGCACGCCCUUCGAUGAAAGCGACCGGAGCGGCAUUCGACGUCUGCUGAACGAUGGCACCUAUCUGGGCUGCUUCCCGCUGCACGAGGGCCGCUAUGACCGUCCCCACUCCAGUGGGAUCUCACUGGACCGCCGAGUGCUUUAUCAGACGUGGGCCCAUCCCUCGCAGUGGUACAAGAAGCAGCCGCUGUGCCUGGUGCGCAAAUACUUUGGCGACAAGAUUGCUUUGUACUUUUGCUGGCUGGGAUUCUAUACGGAGAUGUUGGUCUAUCCGGCAGUGGUGGGCACCCUCUGCUUCAUCUACGGCCUGGCCACUCUCGAGUCCGAGGACAACACACCCAGCAAGGAGAUUUGCAAUGAGUAUGGCACCGGGAACAUCACCUUGUGCCCGCUGUGCGACAAGGCCUGUAGCUACCAGCGACUCUCAGAGUCGUGUCUCUUUUCACGAUUAACCUAUCUGUUUGACAAUCCUUCGACGGUGUUCUUUGCGAUAUUCAUGUCCUUUUGGGCCACCACAUUCCUGGAGCUUUGGAAACGCAAGCAGUCGGUGUUGGUCUGGGAGUGGGACCUGCAUAAUGUGGAUAUGGACGAGGAGAACCGUCCCGAAUUCGAGACAAAUGCCACCACGUUCCGCAUGAAUCCAGUCACACGGGAAAAGGAGCCCUACAUGUCCACCUGGAACCGAGCCUUGCGGUUUGUCGUGACUGGCAGUGCAGUUCUCUUUAUGAUCUCAGUGGUUCUCUCCGCCGUGCUGGGCACCAUCCUGUAUCGCAUAACCCUGGUGUCGGUUAUCUAUGGAGGCGGAGGUUUCUUUGUAAAGGAGCAUGCCAAGCUGUUUACCAGUGUCACGGCUGCCUUGAUCAAUUUGGUGGUCAUCAUGAUACUCACACGAAUCUACCACCGCAUGGCUAUCCGUCUGACCAAUCUGGAGAAUCCCCGCACUCACACCGAAUACGAGGACUCCUACACUUUUAAGAUUUUCUUCUUUGAGUUCAUGAACUUUUAUUCGUCGCUCAUCUACAUAGCCUUCUUCAAGGGCCGUUUCUUUGACUAUCCGGGUGAUGAUCAGGCUAGAAGGAGCGAGUUCUUCCGCCUGAAGAACGACAUAUGCGACCCGGCGGGCUGCUUGUCCGAACUCUGCAUCCAAUUGGCCAUUAUAAUGGUGGGCAAGCAGUGCUGGAAUAACUUUAUGGAGUAUCUGUUUCCCAAGUUCUGGAAUUGGUGGCGUCAGCGUAAGCACAAACAGGCCACCAAGGAUGAAUCGCAUCUACACAUGGCCUGGGAGCAGGAUUAUCAUAUGCAGGACCCGGGACGCCUGGCCUUAUUCGAUGAAUAUCUGGAAAUGAUCCUCCAAUAUGGCUUCGUUACCCUCUUUGUGGCUGCCUUUCCUCUGGCACCGCUCUUUGCGCUCUUGAACAAUGUGGCCGAAAUCCGACUGGAUGCUUACAAGAUGGUCACCCAGGCCAGGCGGCCGCUGGCGGAGCGUGUUGAGGAUAUAGGGGCCUGGUACGGCAUCCUGCGAAUCAUCACCUAUACAGCCGUCGUCUCGAAUGCCUUUGUAAUAGCCUACACCAGUGAUUUUAUACCCCGAAUGGUCUACAAGUUUGUGUACUCGGAGACGCAUACGCUGGCUGGGUACAUCGAGCACUCGCUGUCCAUAUUUAACACCUCCGAUUACAAGGAGGAAUGGGGAGCAACGGUCAGCGAGAAGGAUCCGGAUACCUGUCAGUAUCGCGGUUAUAGAAAUGGACCCAAGGACUACGAACCCUAUGGACUGAGUCCCCAUUAUUGGCAUGUCUUUGCUGCUCGCUUGGCCUUUGUAGUGGUCUUCGAGCACGUGGUGUUCGUAAUCACCGGCAUCAUGCAGUUCAUCAUUCCGGAUGUCCCAUCCGAGGUGAAGACCCAGAUGCAGCGUGAGCAACUAUUGGCCAAGGAGGCCAAGUACCAGCAUGGAAUUAAGCGGGCACAGGGCGACAACCAGGACAUCAUGAGCCUUUUCCGGGAUGCAAGUAAUCGGACUUCAAUAGCCGGAAGUCAGACCACAAAUGCCCGUGGCAGCUGGGCAAGGCGCUUUAGUAGGCUGAGCGAUGGCCUGGAUGCCCAUGUAGAGGUGGCAGCCAGGCCGCGACGAUCUGUGGAGUCGACGGUGUGGGAGGUCUCCUGACACGAGGAG